AACAAUAAUACAUGGGGUUUCGAAAGACAACGGACAGUUGACUUAUCCUCUCGCCCGAUAUAUGAUUUCGAUUCAGUCGGCCUGAGCGUCAAUAAAUCUCCAGGUUCGCCACAACGUAUGACAUGGCAUGUCACUGUUACGCAGUGACGACGAGAGCCAUAUAACUAGUAUCCUCGCAGACCCGUAACGUGGGUUUUACGCUUUGAUAUAUUUGCCUUUACUGAAGGGUUGCAGCUUAGCUCCAAAAAAGUGAUCGGUGCCCUCAAAGCAAAGCCUCUUAAAGAUUACAGUUACCAUUUGCCAUACCUCACUAUCAACGUACAACCAUUCACCUGGCCAGGCUCUACUUUACUACUAGUAGUUCCCCAAGAUGUCAUCUGCAGGCCAGAAAGGAGAAAUUCCCCAAACUCACCGAACCAUCCUGCUUCCUGGGAAACCAACUACCAAACCUUAUGCAAACGACCAGGAAGCACUGCCGAGAGCUUCCGAUGUCGAUCGAGAUAGUCGAACUUCGAGCGAGGGGUGGAAGCCAAUGAUUGAUCGACGCCAGAGCUGGAAUGAAGAGGACAGGAAGCAUGAGCUUCAGGCCUGGCUGUUGGGAGUGGAAGAAGGGAAGGAGACUGGCUUCACCGAAUCGUCGCACGAAGUCUCAUGAAUGAAUGAAUGACGGAAUAACUGAUGAUUGAAGGUGCAAUGGACCAGAUCAUGAAACCUGUCUAACUUGAUAUGGGAUUAUGAUUAGGUGGAUAGGAUCCAACUGACAGCGGGCUGUUUCGGAUUUUGUUCGCGUUUUCUCCUUGAACCAAUGCCUCUUUCCUUCUCAUGUCUAGUGUUUAUUGAUGUAUGUCUAACAAAUUGAUUAAUAGCAAUAAGCUCACCAAGACCUCAUUUCAGUAAGGGAUCUACAGUGAUAUAUCUUGCAGCCUUAGUCGUGGAGAUCGGAAUAUCAGUACGUAGUGGACGAUGGAGAAGGAGAGAAGGAUUAAUCAUGGUACUGGCACAGAUCAGAAAGGUUUAUAGUAUUCAAAUAGCAAAAGAUCAUC